UGUCUGGCGGAGGGAGGGGUUGGUGCUGACGGCUGGGAGGACGAGCUGAACGUUAAGAAAGCCUUGGAAAGCGAUAAAAAGAGAGGGUAAAGGGCCCGAGGUGUCACCUUCCAUCGGUAUAACUUAUUGCUCGACUCUGAUUAUCACCCGAAGCACGAGCAAUGUCGUCCAGCCGUCAGUUUAGUGAAAGCAGGUCCAUCCCGACCAGGACGGUGCUGAUCAACGACUCAACGCAGCUACCUCACGACUAUUGCACCACUCCAGGGGGCACUUUAUUCUCUACCACCCCGGGAGGUACCCGAAUCAUCUACGAUCGUAAAUUCCUGUUAGACCGGCGUAACUCACCCAUUGCCCAGACCCCACCAGCACACCUGCCAGUUAUCCCAGGAGUGACGAGCAAAAACAUCCUGAAUGAAAACAAGAAGAAUGAAGCUAAAAACAUCAAAAAUCAUGAUGCCAAACCAGGGCAAGGUGACGAUUCUCAGUUUGAGAUGGACAUCUAAAGAAGAGAAACCAACAUGAAGAAUGAUUAUUUACCUGGUACCUGUGUGCCAGUGGCUUGGCUUGUAGAAACCAAUGUUGUGAGCCCUCUCCUUUAGCUCUCUCUAGCUGCGGGGUGCUGUAUAAUCAUGCAGAUAAAUGACUUAUGUUUGCCCAGUGGGGCUUCUGGAGCCCUGAAAGUUAACCUAUGAGCCUGCUCUGUUUAAGUUUCAGGGUUACCAUCAGCUGUACUUGCUUAUGUCACAGAGCAAGAGACAAAAUACUGUAUUUGUAGUGCCCGGACUUACCAAUUUACUGUAAAGAAUCAUAAACAAAUCUGCCAUCAGAGAUUUGCUGCUGAAUCUCUGAUGCACUGCUGAUAGUUGUUUUCAAAGUACACUGUUACAGCGGAUACCUUUUAAAGGCACUUACUGCAGUCUACUUUGUUCACAAGUAAACUCACUUACAGUCAAGUCGAAAAAAACAGUUAUCAAUAUGUACAUGCUCUCCCAAAUUUAAUAUUUGUUAUCUUUUCUUUUCAAUGGGGUUUUUGAUUUUUCUUUUAAAAGGAUAGUUCACCCAAAAAUGAAAAUUUUAUCAUCAUACACUCACCCUCAGAUUGCAGGGAAAAGAAAUACUAAAGUAGUCAAUGGGGUAUGAGAUCAGUUUGGUUACUGACAUUCUUACAAAUAUCUUGCUUUGAGUUUAGCAGAACAGAGACAUUUGUACAGGCUUGGCACAACCUAAGGGUGGGUAAUUGUUGAAAGAAUUUUCAUUUUGGGGUGAACUGUCCCUUUAAUGCUAAUGAGUAACAGCAGGAUUAUCAUCAUAAUUUAAGAUUAAAAUUGAAAAAAAAUCCAUUUUCAUUCCAAGUAUUUUAUAUCAUUUAGACAUCUGUAUACUUUUUACUUUAUUUAGGGAUUUCAAGGUUUUCAGGUAUUUGUUUAGUUCAUAAAAAAUAGUUCAUAGUUGUCAUACCACAGACCAUAAACAAUCAUUUGAAUCAUGAUGCCAAACAAAUACACAUACAUUUUAGGUUUAUGCAGAAUUUCCCUUAUAAUCACCUUUUCAGUCAACUGAAAUGUCAACUCUGAUUUUCUUUCAUCCUUUCUUAAAGUAAAGGUUAGGGUUGAAAACAUCUUGUAACAAUUUCAAUGUUGAGACUGUUACUUUUGGUCAGAGAACGGUUGCGAAGUUCAGACUCAUCCUGAUAACAGUACAGUUUAUUCCUAGCUUGCGUGGCGAGUAAGUUCAGGUAAUGCUUGAAGCAUCAACAUCAGCUUUGUAGUCACUGUAUGUGAUAAACACUUCUGGUCAAAGGUAGACGAUACCCAUUGCUGUUGGACUGGAUAAGGAUUUCACAUAGUUAAGAAAACAUUAUAACUAAUAGAGCUGGUCUCAGGAAGUACUUGUGCUUUGUACCUCACAAGUACAAAUCUUACUGCCCCUUUCAAGGGAGUAAUAGCAGUGAAUAUUUAAAAUUAAUAUCAGCUGUGACAUCUGCUGUCACUUUACAAUUAAAAAAUUCUUACAAACCUUGAUAAUCAAAACGUAGAAAAGCACUGAAGUAAUGUUUGGUCAUUUUGUCUUUUUCAAAACUACAGAAUGUGAAAGUUCAAAUCAUCUUUCAAAGAUGGAUAAUUUUAUAGUGACCAGACAUUCAUAUUUUAAUUCGCGUCAACAAAUCUUGAAAACUUGAAUUGAAUCUUUCUUAUGCUCUUCUAUGCAUGUUGUUUUAAUCUGCUCUUCAUUUCACAUGUCAGCAUCCUUCAAACAUUAGAGUUCACUUUUUCGGGAUGCCAAAUCUUGUGGAAGAAGCUUUGUUUAAUAUUGAAAGAUAAUUCAACAAAUAGAUUAUUCAAAGUGGCUUAAAAGAGGUUACAACAUAUUCUCAUAUUUUUCUUGUUUGAGUUAUUCUUUGGAGCAGAGAAAGAUUGACUUUCUCUCAAAACAAUCUCUUGUGCUUCGCCUUUGUAUCCAUGCCUUACUUUACUAAGCUGAGCAGCUAUGUCAAAUGCAGUUCCCUUACAUACCUUAAGACAGGAAUAAUUCCAUUUGAUUUGUUUUUAUUCUUCCCUGUUAAGUUGAGAAUAAAAUCAAGAUAUGUUUUUCUAGAAAACAUUUAUAUUUUUGGAAACAUGUUUAAUAUCUUUUACUUUCUUACAGAGAUGGAACGAUUUGGACUUACAUCAAUGUAAUGUUUGUAAUACGAGUAUUGGGUUGGUUGAAUUAAAAAGGGGUUAGGUUUCACUUCGGUUGCACUUAAUCUUUCUAUUAAAUAAGUCAUACUGGUGAAUUGAAUUUAAAUCCUUAAAAUACACGCUGUUAACCCUUUCAGGUUUCGGAAAUUAGCAUUUUUAGUAAUAAAGAUUAAAAGGACAUUUAUAUUUACUGCCCUUCUGUAAUAGAUUUGAGUUGUCAAAUCCCCACUCUGAAAUAUAAACAUUUAGAUUUUGAAAAAUAUCACUGCUUUAUACAUUCCCUGAGUCUUUGUAAGUAGCAGAAAUGCAUUUAGCUCUGUACACGUGUUUUUUUGGAUGGGGGUGUUUUAAUGUGGCAGAAAUGUAAAAGUAUAUUUUCUUUCUCUGAGACCCGGUUCAGUUUAAUUUGAAUAAAAUGCCAAUGCCAGUGGAAACUGUUACAGCAAGAUCAAUAAAAAAAUAAUUGAUUUUAAA